AUGGCGCAAAAGCUGGAUAUCAAGGUUCAUGAUGGAACAAUCCUGCGUGCUUUGUUUUAUCCCGCUCAGUCCAAGGGGCCUGUGGUUAUCAUGUCUCCAGGGUUAUCCGGGAUCAAGGAGCACUACCUCCCCAACUACGCAGAACGGUUCCAAAAAGCAGGAUACGCCGCCCUCAUCUACGACCACAGGAACUGGGGAGACAGCGAGGGCCUCCCCCGCCAUCAUUCCAACCAUUACGAGCAGACCCAAGACACACACUGUGUAAUUCACUACGUCUCAACCAAACUGGAUAUCGACCCUACUCGAAUCGCACUAUGGGGCUCCAGCUUCUCAGGCGGAAUCGCCCUGAUUGCAGGCGCAAUUGACCCGCGCAUCAAAGUCGUUGUCAGCCAGGUACCCUUUAUUUCCGGCGACACAAGGAGAGCACGCCUCCCCGAGGAGAAACUUGCCCGACUCCUCGCAGAUAGAGGUCAAACAACAUCUGCGGAUCCUACAUAUAUCCCCAUUUAUCCGGAAACACUCGAGCAAGCGCGCGAUCCAGCUACGGGGGCUAUUAUGGGGACUGAGGAGUGUUUUCGGCACUAUGAAGAUGUCCGUACCCUUGAACCGCGUCGGGAGAAUAAAAUCACCCUGCAAUCUAUCUUCCAUACCAUCCGGUCUGAGCCGAGGAAUUAUGUCUCCCAGAUCUCGCCUAAGCCGCUUUUGAUGGUUGUUGCGAGGAAGGAUACUCUCAUUAGUUGUCCGGACCAAGUGGCGGCUUUCACGAAAGCUGGAGAACCGAAGCAGUUGCUUGAGAUGGAUUGCGGACAUUUUGAUGUAUACCGUGGUGGCUACUUUGAGGAUAAUGUAUCGACACAGAUUGCCUUUUUAGAUAGAUAUCUCUAG